CCUCAAUAUUUCUUUUUGUGCUUGCACAGACCUGGCUGCAUCGGGUGACAUGAUGUCUCGCCGGAAGUCCUUCAAGAAGUCGUUGCGUGAGUCGUUCCGUCGUCUGCGCAAGGGCCGCUCCCAGAGGGGCCGCAAGGACAAGUCCAUGACCAAGUCGCCGGAGAGCCGAAGGCCCAGGAGAGGAGAGGAAGAAGGCAGCACGUCUUCUGCGGUGGCCAGCCCUGCAUCUCGACACAAUGAGUCCGCCAUCGACCCCGGCUCACCCCUCUCGGAGGCCAAGCCCGUCGAGCGCCAGGUGGAAGCGCGCUCCACGGACGACGCCCUUUCAUCCAUGGUCCGGUGUCUGUGCUUCUCGAGCAGCUUCAUCCUUCACAAUGCAGCGACGACACCAACCCUCUGGGCAGGCACCAACUCUGGUGCCAUCUUUGUUUACACCCUUGCCUUCCCCCCCAGUGACAAGCGGGACUCUGAUCCAGUUCAGUGCACCCUCGGCAAGGAGAUCCACCUGAAGCACAAGGCCCCCGUGAUAUCCAUUCACAUCAUUGACGCUCGUGGCUACCCCAUUGCGGACCCAUUUGAGGAGGAGCCCAAGGGCCUGGUGCCACCGCAGAGGGUACUCAUCUGCUCUGAGGAACAGCUGAAGGUUUUCACACUGCCCAACCUGAAGCCCUUUGGUAAGCUAAAACUGACGGCGCACGAGGGAGCUCGGCUGCGCAAGGCGGCCAUAGCACGCUUCCAGAGCCGCAGUGACCCUGCUCGCACCGAGUACUGCCUGGCGGUGCUCUCGAACUUGGGUGAGGUGGCACUUCACUCGCUGCCCGACCUGCGCCGCCAGAUGCUCGAGGCUUGCCUGCGCCGUGAGGACAUCAAUGGCAUAUGCAGUCUCGUGUUCACCAAGGACGGGGAGGGCUUCUACCUGAGCUCUCCAUGCGAGUUCGAGCGAUUCUCCUUGUCGGCCAAGCGAAUGGUGGCCCCCCACUGCCAGGUGGACCUUCCUGAAGGGGCUCGACCUCAGCCCCCGCAGCCCCAGGAACCCCAAGGGGGCAAGGAAGAAGAGAAAGUAGAGGCAGCAGCGCCUGCCGCGUCGGCCACCGAGGGGGAGGAGCCGAAGGAAGCCGACAGCAAGGCCGCAUCCACCAGCGAAGCCAAGCCCGAGGAAGCGACGGAGACGGCAGAGAAGAAGCCUGAGCUGUCCUCCUCGGCUGCCACGUCCCCGACGUCACCAAAGGAGGAGUCAUCAGAAGGCGGCGAUGACGACAAAGGUGGUCUGGACUCCCCGCCAGACAGUCUGAAACUAAAGAAAAGCAAAGCUCAAGUAAAAGAAGUUUAA